AUGGCGAUCAUAAUUUGUGACGAGUUUGAGCAGCGCAGGGAGAAUGGCGGACCAGGAGGCGGUUUUUUUGUUUUUUGUUUUUAUUUGUUUCUUUUGGUGGAUGGGGAGGAAUAUUCUCCUGUUUCUUUAUAUUCUUCAUGUGUGUUUUUCUUUCUUUUUUCUUUCAUUUUCAUUUUCUCGUUUCCUUUUUUUUUAUUUUUUUUUUUUUUUACUUUAUUUUAUCUUGUGGGGUGGGUAAUCUAUUGUCCUUUUUUCUUCAUAAGUGUCUUUCUUCCUUCUUCCUUUUCUUUUCAUUUUCUUGUUUUCUUUUUUGUUUGUUUGUUUGUUUUUUUGGGGGGGAGUUGGAGUUUUGGAUGUUACACUCUUGUUCCUGCUUUUCUUCAUGAGCGUUUUUUCUUUCUUUUCUUUUCUUUCUUUUCUUUUCUUUCUUUUUUUUUUUUUUUUUUUUCGUUUUCAUUAUCUCGCUUCUUUUUCUUUUUGUUUUUUUGUUUUUAUUUGUUUCUUUUUUUAGGGUGGGUACUCUCCUGUUACUUUAUUUUCUACAUCUAUGUCUUUCUUUCUUUUUUCUUUCAUUUUCAUUAUUACGUUUCUUUUUUUUUUUUUUUGUAUUUUGUUUUCUGUAUUUUUUGUGGAGGAGGUUGUUUUUUUUUUUGCUUUAUUUUAUUUUUUGGUUACACUAUUGUUCCUUUUUUUUUCUUCAUGGGUGUUUUUCUUCCUUCUUUUCAUUUUUAUUAUCUCGUUUUCUUUUUUUUGUUUGUUUUUGGGCGUUGGGGUUUUGUUGGGGGGGAUAUUCUCUUAUUCUUUUUCUUCUUCAUGAGUGUUUUUCUUUCUUCUUUCUUUCGUUUCCAUUAUCUUGAGGGGUUCUCUCUUGUUUCUUUUUUUUUUUCUUCUUCAUGCGUGUCUCUCUUUUAUCUUUCCUUCGUUUUCAUUAUAUCGUUUAUUUUUGUUUGGGGCGGGGCACUCUCUUGUUUCGUUUUUUCUUCAUAUGUAUCUUUCUUUCUUUCCUUUUCAUUGUCACGUUUUUUCUUCUUCCUUUUUCUCUCUUUCUUUUCAUUCUUUAGACCGGGCGAUGAUUUUUCCAUUUUCUUUUUCCCAUUUUUGUUUUCCUUUUUCUUUUUUCAUUUUUUUUCGUUAAUCUUUGUUUUUAUCUUUGAUGUGCCUUUUCUUUUCUUUUUUUCUUUUUCUUUUUUUCUCAAUUUCUCUCAUUCGGACACUUUUUUUCAUUCGCCUCUUUCUUUCGGUCAUAUUUUUCUUGCAAUGCACGCCCUCACACACGAACACGCACACGCAUAA